CAUGUUCAACUUUUUUUUCACUUUUGCCCCACAUUCGAAAUCCGUCGCAUGUCGAAUAAUACAGCAUCGAAGGGACUCGGGUAAUGACAAAAAGCAAGAAGAAAAAGGGAAAAGACAAAAAAAAAUCGUCUUGGACCUUAAUAUUGACGAUAAUAUCAAGACGCAACGCGGCUUUCUUAUUGGCUUGGCCCAGAGAAAAUAACAUUUAAAAUGACCGGUGAUAGCUUUGAGCAAAGGACGAGCGCGUUUCUCCAGUGGUUCAAAAAUCUGCCAGGCGCGACCUUUCACCAAAACAUACAAAUUACGGACCUCAGAGGGCGCAAUGCUGGACGAGGAAUCGUUGCGACGGCUGACAUUGAGCCCGACACCGUCUUGUUCACAAUCCCGCGCAAGGAUAUAAUAUGCCUCGAGAACUCCCAACUGUUCAAGGAGGUAGACUCUUCCAUCUUUGUCAACAGGGGUUCUGAGCCCCUGGACGAGGACGAUGAGGAUCAGGAUGGGGGCUCUUCUCACCAACGGGGGCAAAACUCGUGGACGACCUUGAUCCUAGUCAUGAUGUACGAGCACCUGCGCCGCGACCCCUCGCCGUGGCGGCCUUACCUGGACGUGCUGCCCACCGAGUUCGAAACGCCCAUGUUUUGGACCAGCGAGGAGAUCGCUGAGCUCCAGGCCAGCCCCGUCGUGGCCAGCAUCGGCAGGGAGGAGGCCGACGUCAUGAUCCGGACCAAGAUCCUGCCCGUCAUCAAGGAGAACGCCGCCGUAUUUGGGGGCGUUACGGAUGCCGAUGACGAACGCCUGGUCCAGCUCGCUCAUCAGAUGGGCAGCACCAUCAUGGCGUACUCGUUUGAUCUCGAGGGUGAAGGCGACGAAGAAGACGAGGACGAGGACGGCUGGGUAGAAGAUAGGGAAGGCCGCACCAUGAUGGGCAUGGUGCCCAUGGCGGACAUUCUGAACGCAGAUGCCGAGUUCAACGCACACAUCAACCACUCAGAGGAAGCCCUGGUAGCCACUGCUCUGCGCAAGAUACCAGCUGGCGAGGAAAUACUAAACUACUACGGCCCGCUGCCUAACGGACAACUCCUCCGCAGAUAUGGCUAUGUGACGGAAAAGCACAGCCGAUACGAUGUUGUGGAGCUGACUGCUGCCUCCAUCACCAGCAGCAUCCGUUCGCGGCUGAACUUGGCACAGCAGGAUUGGGACAAGAUCGACGAAGCUAGGGCCAAAUCAAUGUUUGGUGACGACAGCGAGCAGGUACAUGGCGCCAUGGUCGAGGUCGAGGAUUCAUAUCCUCUUGAACGGGCCUGUGAGGAUCCGGACGAGUUUGGUCAGCUCCAGGGCACGCCGUCCUUCUCCGAGCUGCCCGAAGAGCUGCUGGACAUGGCAAAGGCAAGGUUCAAGGAGAUCAAGACCAUCCGCCCGGAUGCAGUCCCGGACAAGAAGUUCAGGGAUCGCAUAAUAUACUCAGCUGUACGGGAAGCCGCCAGUGCAAAGUUGGCCGAGUACGGGACCACGUUGGAGGAGGAUUUGGCCAAGCUAUCCACGCUUGACAGCAAUCAACCUCGUCUGAGGAUGGCGAUGGAGGUCCGGAUCGGCGAGAAGAAGCUGCUGCACGAGGCAAUAGCCUGGCUCGACGGGAAGAUAGGCGAUGGCGCUGCGAAUGGCGACAUGGAGGUCGACGAGCCUGCGUCAAAAAGACAAAGAAGGGCUUAACGGAUAUGGUGGUAUCGAUUAUACGUUUCUUAUGCGCCACGAGUUUCUGGACGGCUUGUCAGUCUUCUUAAAAGUGUCUUUCGGGCGUUUGAAGGUCGGCCCGGCCCUUUGAAAUCAACAUGGAGGGCAUAGAAGCUUCCGGAAAAACAUGAGCGGGGUUUCCACAAAACUGUCCAGACUUUUGCAGCAAUGAUGAUAAGG